UGUGUACCUAUGCAUAUAUUUAUUAGGUUAGGUACCUGAUAUAUAUAGGUAUAUAUAUAUAUACACAUUAGCAGUGGCGUGUGGCUUACAGUAGUGUACACUUUUGGUAUGAAACUGUCUUUAGUUGACUGGCUUGAAUCCCACUUCCCACUCUUGGCAAUAUACCCAGAUAAAGGGCCCCGUCCCCUUUUACGCGUCCAUAGGGGUUAUCGGUCAUCCGUAUCAUAGAAUGGAGGGGAACAAGCCUUGUCCGAGCUCAGGUGGGGGAAUGGUAUCUAUAAGUGCGGGGGGGAUGUUGUAGAUGUUGUAGUUGAAAGUUCUUCGAAAAGUAUGAAAGGUACCUAAGAUAUCGUAAAGCUUUAUAUACCUACCUUUAACAUUAUCCUACGCACUUAUAUCAUGUCCUCGAGUCUCUCUGGCAAAGUGAUCCUCCUCACCGGCGCGGCGAGUGGUAUCGGACGCGGUACAGCAAUCAAGUUGAACGGUAUAGGUGCCAUUCUUGCUAUCACAGAUAUCAACGAGGCUGGUCUAGCCGAGACACUCGCGCUCUGUGUUGGCGGUAGCAGUUCAGAGCAUCACACGGCUCACGUUCUGGACGUAUCAAACUCCGUCAAUGUAAAUGAGCGGGUAUCCCAGGUCGUGGCCAAGUACGGACGCAUCGACCACGUAUUUAACUGUGCUGGCGUCAAUCCAACCUCUAUGUCCCUGACAGAAACGAGCGAGGCGCAUUUCGACAAGCUGGUCAGCGUCAAUCUCAAAGGUAUGUUCAACGUGACCAAGGCCACCAUUCCGCAUAUGACAACCCCCGGCGGCAGCUAUGUCAACGUGAGUUCCAUCUCUGGGUGGAAUCCCGACGCGGGAACAGCCGUAUACUGCGCCACCAAGUUCGGUGUUAUCGGUUUUAGUAAGUGCAUGGCGCUUGAGCUGGGUCCAAAAGGAAUUCGAGUAAAUAUUGUCGCACCAGGAUACAUUGAUACCCCGACAAACACGGGAAUCGUUACGGGAACGCCGGAGGCAAGGCGGCGUAUGGAACAAGGAAAUGCGCUGGGCAGGAUGGGUACUCCAGAAGACAUUGCAGGGGUGAGUAUUUUGCGACAUGGCUAUUACCAUAUUGGAGCAUUCCGUGACCGUGCAGAAGCUGACAGUUUUAUCAUUAUAGGUUGUUGCCUUUUUAAUGAGUGACGAGGCCAGAUAUAUAAAUGGCAGCGUUGUCGGGGUUGACGGGAUGCUGAAAACAUGAAGGACGCCCAGCAUAUCUAUGGUCUACUUCGCUUUCGUUGCCUAUGACUUGACUGACACCUGUCUAGACUCAAGCCUGGUAUGCACAGUUCUCACUCCCAAUCGCUCUUUAAAUGCAUAAUAGAGAAUUAUAUCGUAGUGGAGGACAUGGUUAAUGACAUUGCCUAUAUCGCGGCUUCUUCUUAACAUCUCGGUUCUACUAUUCUCUUGGACACAGCUGUCAUUAUGUCAAUCAUUGUCAUACAAAUACGCUAGUCGAACAGUAUCAUACGAGGUAGAUUAUGCCUAUGUGUU